AUGACAGACACAGGCAUCGAAGCCGCAAAGCGCAAGGCCGCAAUCCGGGCUGUUGAAGAGCACUUCUCGCCCGACUUCUCCUACGUCGGCAUUGGCUCCGGCACGACCAUCAUCUACGUCGUCGAGGCCAUAAAAGAGCGCAGCACGAACCCAAACAUCCUCUUCGUGCCCACGGGCUACCAGUCACGCCAGGUAGUUACCCAUGCCGGGUUGACGCCCAUCGCAUUCGACUCGCUGCCCGAGGGAAAGAUGCUGGACGUCGCCUUCGACGGCGCCGACGAGGUGGACGAGGACCUCAACUGCAUAAAAGGCGGUGGAGCGUGCUUGUUCCAGGAAAAGCUAGUAGCAGAGCGCGCGAAGAAGUUCGUUUGUGUAGCAGACUACCGCAAAGACCAGCCCCGCCUCUUGACAAAUUGGCCCACCAUCCCCAUCGAGGUCGCCCCGAUCUCCAUCAACACCGUCCUGCGCUCCCUCCGCCUCCUCGGCUCUCCCAAUCCCCACGUCCGCACCGGCCUGCUCGCAAAGGCUGGCCCACUGAAGACGGACCAGGACUUCUUCAUCAUAGAUGCGCCGUUCCCCGUGCUGCUGACGGCCAAAGACACGGCGUCGGGGCUCGGCGCUGGCGACGGGACUGGCGGGAAGUGGGAGGUUGAGCGGCUGAGCAAGGAGAUAAACCAGAUUACGGGUGUUUUGGAGGUGGGGUUGUUCUGUGGCCUGGACGGCGUGCAAGCGGAGGCGUUGAGGGAGCAGGGACUGGGCAAGGCUUCUGUGCUUGGUGGGCAGAAGCCCGUAGCGGUGUAUUUCGGGAUGCAGGAUGGGUCGGUGAAGGUGAGGACGGCGAAGGGUGGAAUAAAAUAG